UCGUGGCAAGGAGUUGCCAACGAAAGCCAUUUGACAUCUUCAGAUUGCAAGCGUCGCUGAGACACCAUGAUCUUACUCUAACUCAAGUGCAUCCUUGGAAAGCAGAAGAUUGUUCCCAACCUAGUCAUGGUCCAGACUCGCCAAUGGCUCUUGGCCAACAAGCCCACCGAUCUCCCAGAACUCGACGGGCCUAAUGCAACUUUCAAGCUGACGACCACCGAUCUGCCGGGAGCCAAGGACGACGAAGUGCUAGUCAAGGCCCUGUACCUUUCGAACGAUCCUGCGCAGCGAGGAUGGAUCUCCAGAGACAUCAAACCGGAGCGUCUGUACACGCAACCUGUAAAGGAAGGCACAGCAAUGCACGCCCGCGCACUGUGCGAGAUCGUCGAAAGUAAGUCUCAAAGGUACAAAAAGGGUGAUUGGUGUCUUGCCAGCACCGGGUGGAGUGAGUAUGCCGUUGUGCCUGCCAACCAAGUGCAACCGGCUCCGGAACUGCCUGGUGGCAUGUCUCGAACGCACUACCUUGGUGCCCUCGGCUUUACUGGAUUGACCGCUUGGUUUGGGUUGACGGAGGUGGCGAAGAUCACGAAAGAUGACAUCGUCGUUGUCAGCGGCGCUGCUGGAGCGACGGGCAGUAUGUGCGUGCAGAUUGCUAAGAAGAUCGUUGGGUGUAAGAAGGUGAUUGGCUUCGCGGGCUCUGAAGGAAAGUGCAAGUAUGUAGAGAAAAUAGGUGCGGACGUGUGCUUAAACUACAAGAACUCGAGUUUCGCCCGGGAUGUCGAAAAAGCUACACCCGGUCCUGAUGGUUUUGCGACUGUCUUUUUCGAUAACGUGGGAGGCGAGCAGCUGGACCUCAUGCUGACACGCAUGGCGAGGGAUGGCCGGAUCGCCGCCUGUGGAGCGAUAAGUGCGUACAAUACUGCCCCGGAGAGGACGACUGGUCUGAAGAACUGGUUCGAAGUAAUCACCAUGAGGCUGCACAUCUCCGGGUUUAUUGUUCUAGAUUACAUCUCACAGUUCCCGAAGGCACGAGAGGUCUUCACGCAAGCGCUGAAAGAAGGGAAGCUGCAGAUUGAUGAGGGCGAGCACAUAGUAAAUGGUGGGUUUGACGACAUACCGAAAAUAUGGAUGCAAUUAUUCUCGGGUCGUAACAUUGGCAAGCUCGUGACUGCUCUACAGUGAGUUUUGUGGACGACAGACCGCAACGUGGGGCGUGUGGAUGCCUGACAAAGCAUAACAGUUCAGCACAAGCGAAGCUCUAGUGUUGUCUAAAGAACGUAGCUUCACAAAAACUCGUCAACCACGGUGCGGCAGCUACCAGUGUUGGUACGGCGAGGUUGAGCA